AUACUCAGAAGUAAACAUAAUCAGACAGAGAGUGAGCCUGCCAUGCUUUGAGAAUUAAAAUAGGGCGGUUUAGCUAGAAUUAAGAGGUUGUAGAGAAAAUGUCUUAGGAAAUCUGGCCAGAGAAAUAAAUGAGAAAUGGAUACGAUGGCGCACACCUGUAACCCCAGCACUUAGGAGAUAGAGGCAGGAAGAUCAGAGAGUUCAAAGCCACCUGAGGUACACGAGCCCCAGUCUAAAUAAAUAAAGAGAUAGGUUGCACAGGGCCUUAACCAGUGCAAAUACAGAAUUUGGAUUUAUCUGUGUCAGUGAUGCCAGAAUAACUUUUAAGUAAUAAAAUCUUUUUUAGAAAGAAAUAUUAUGGCAGGUCAAUAUGCACAGUAAAUUUGAAGGAGGGGGGGGUCUUCUGUCCCCAGCUAUGGAGCAGAACGAGGAGGAACUGGACAGCAGCUGGCUGUGAUGCAAGACUGACAUGCACUUGCAAGUGUUUUUAGUGUAUCCUGUUCUGUCAGAGGAGAAACGCAGCAUCAUUUUCCUUGUCCCGUUGUAGUCCCCUUUACAAGCAGAUGAAAGAAGAAAAGAAAAAGUCCAUUUAAAGAGCUGCCCUUUGUUCUGAUUAGAAGCGACCGAAAGUGCUUAGGAAUUUACGGAAAGUUUAGCCUUCGAGGGCAAGAGGUCUUUGAUGCCCCAAACCAGUGAGGAAACGGAAUCUUUUCCAUUUAGUACAUUCAGUUGGAACAAGUUCAUGGACUAAACUUAGACUUUUAAACUCUUUCCGGGCUGGUGGAGGCAAGUUUUAAACAAAAGGCUUUCCUUGUACUUUAUUAAAAACCAAGACGGUGAAUCUUGAAUAGCAUGAGUACCACCCACCGCAGGCAUUCUGUUGUGUGUGGUUUUGACUGCAGGAUGCACGGACGGACAGGCGGCAGCCUUUGGCCGGCUGCACUUGCUGAGGUCCCUGUCCUGCCCUGCGUGUGCGGCUUGUGUGACUGGUGAUGCAAACGCGCCCGCCCUUUUCUGGGAACACAGAAAGCCUGAGUCAGGCGGAGGCUCGGAGGUAUUAAAGCGCUGGCGCUGCGUCGGGCAGGGGCAGGCACAAGCACUUGCAGGAUGAGGCUUCCCGGCUGGUACUGGCUGAGCUCGGUGGUGGCGGUCCUGGCUGCCUGCGGAGCAGGAGCAGAGCAGGCGCACAACCUGACCGAGGAGCUGCGGGAUGCGAGCGCCCAGGCCGCCUGCCCCGCCAGGCUGGAGGGCAGAGGGAAGUGUGAGGGCAGUCAGUGCGGGUUCCAGCUCACCCUGCCCACGCUGACCCUCCAGCUCCCGCAGCAGCUCGGCAACAUGGAGCAGGUGCUCAAAGAGGUGCGGGCCCUCAAGGAAGCUGUCGACAGUCUGAAGAAAUCCUGCCAGGACUGCAAGCUUCAGGCUGACGACCAUGGAGACCCAGGCGGGGACGGAGCAGGGCCGGCCGGGGACGCCCGAGUCCAGGAACUGGAGAGUCAGGUGAACAAGCUGUCCUCUGAGCUCAAGGAUGCCAAGGACGAGCUCCAGGGGCUGCAGGGGCGCCUGGAGACGCUGCACCUUGUAAACAUGAACAACAUGGAGCACUACGUGGACGACAAAGUGGCAAAUCUAACGUUCGUGGUCAACAGUUUGGACGGCAAAUGCUCCAAGUGUCCCGGCCAAGAAUCCACCCAGUCACAGCCGGUUCAACACCUAAUAUACAAAGAUUGCUCUGACUACUACAUGAUAGGAAAAAGAAGCAGUGAGACCUACAGAGUGACCCCUGAUCACAGAAAUAGCAGCUUCCUGGUGUACUGUGACAUGGAGACCAUGGGGGGAGGCUGGACGGUGCUACAAGCUCGCCUCGAUGGAAGUACCAACUUCACCAGAUACUGGAAAGACUACAAAGCAGGCUUUGGAAACCUUGAACGAGAAUUUUGGCUGGGUAAUGAUAAAAUUCAUCUGCUGACCAAGAGUAAGGAAAUGAUUUUGAGAAUAGAUCUUGAAGAUUUUAAAGGUCUCAAAUUAUAUGCCUUGUAUGAUGAGUUUUACGUGGCUAACGAAUUUCUCAAAUAUCGAUUGCAUAUUGGUAACUAUAAUGGCACAGCAGGAGACGCCUUACGUUUCAGUAAAUAUUACAACCAUGAUCUGAAGUUUUUCACCACCCCUGACAGAGACAAUGACCGGUACCCCUAUGGGAAUUGUGGUCUCUAUUACAGCUCAGGUUGGUGGUUUGAUGCAUGUCUCUCUGCAAACUUAAAUGGCAAAUAUUAUCACCAGAAAUACAGAGGUGUCCGAAAUGGGAUUUUCUGGGGCACCUGGCCAGGAAUUAGCCAGGCACAGCCUGGUGGCUACAAGUCCUCCUUUAGGCAGGCCAAGAUGAUGAUUAGACCCAAGAAUUUCAAGCCAUAAAUUGUUAGUGUGUAUCUCUAGGGGUAUUUACUAUCUAAAAGGCAAUGAAUUCCCUCUGCCUUUUACCAUAUAUUCCUUUCCUAUGGUUAAAACAUUUCCUUUUAAACUUCACAGCUUUUGAAACAAUGCUAAAAAUAUCUAAAAAGACUUCUUUGUUGCUGUUAUAUAAAGCAUGCUUCUACAUCAUAUCUGCAAAUUCUUUAAUUGUCAUUAGUUGAAAAAGUUCCCAACUAUAUUUAUUAUUUUUUACAAUUAAAAAACUAAAUUAUUCAGCAAGCUAAAUUCUAUAUAAACAACUUUUAUUUUCACUAGGGCUUAACUUGCAUAUUUGAAAAUACAUUAGUCUUUUCAGGUCAAAGGUACUCAUGUAUCUGUAUGUAGCCAAGAAUCAUAGUAUUUGCAUUGCACCAAGAGACCUUUUAAGUUCUUAAAAAAAGACACAGGGAGAUAAGAUGAGUAGCUAAACUUAUGUAGUAUUUAUGAAAUGUAGAAUAUGGCAUUAAAACAUCUUAAAAUGAAGUAGCAUAAUAUGUUUCUUCCCCAGCCAAACUAGAAAAUGAUGUCACCCUGAAGACUUUGGUUUCGUAGAAAUUCAUUCACUGUUUAGGGCCUGUUAGAACCUAAUGCAAAACCUGCUUUGUUGUCAGCCUCUGCUCUACAUGCACAAUAGUUUUUAAUGUAAGGUGCUAGACUACUGUAAGACUUUCUUAGGGAAAGGCACAAUAGGGAAAAAACAUUUAUUUAGACUUUGAAAGCCAAUCCUACACCCAAAGCAAUACUAUUGUUAUGGGAUCAACUUCCUAGGAGCUAACUUUUCUAGAAUAAGUUUAUUUAAGAUGAUUUUGAAAUAGUAGUUCAAAUUUUAUACAUUGUAAUACAAAAUUAAUUGGAUUGCUUAUUUCAGUCUCAGAAAUUCAAAGAAUAUACAUAUGCAAAAUAUAAGUUCCUGGAACUUUUAGAAUUUCUUAAAUGUAAAAUGCCAAGGAUCAUUAUUAAAGAGCUUUAGGAGAGGUUUCAUUUUACCAUUGUGAAAAGGGACCAUUUCAGGGAGAAACGAGGGUUGAGUAGAACUUGAAGUACUGUAUGCAGUCAGUUAUAUGAGGUAACUGACUGUACAGUAUGCAAUGUGUAAGCAAUAACUGUGAUCUUUAAAUUUUUGCUGUGGUUUCCAAUAUACUCACCAAACUUUAAAAUAUAUUUGCAAGGAUUCAACCUUACUUAUUUUUUGAAAACAAUUAGGGAGCAUAGUUAUUGUCUUUACUGCUUACAUUUUCAAAUAUGUAGUCAUUGUAGAAAAAAAUCUUUAAAAGGUGAAAGAUUAUUUUAAAAAUAUGAAACAAGAUGUUUUCAGGUAAAUACAAUAAAAUUAAUCUAUUAUUAAUAUAAUUAAAUUACCAGAGCAGGGUAAAUACACGCUGAAUUAAGUGACCAAAUGUAAAAUGUAGCUUUCAAAGGCUGUUUACAUACUUGGUACAAUAUUUGAAUGUAAGUGACAUAAUUGAUUUUAAUUGUUUCCUUUUAAAAAAGGCCAAGAAGAAAAAAAAAUAAAAAAAAUAAAAAGGACCAAGAAGAUUUUGAUAUACAAUAUACAUGUUUCAAAUCCUGUCUACUAUAUGUAACUGUAUGAGUCUAAAGACAUUUAAGUCAUAAAAUUGGGCUGAUGAUAGCCAAGAAAAAUGUGCAUUCAUGUUCAGUGUGUCUUUUUCAGGGGAGUUUGGUGAAUAACAGUAUCCAUGUACAUUAUCUUUGCACACUCAAUGAAUCAAUAUAUUGUUUUCUAUUAUACUCUUAUGGUGGUUUUAUAAUGAACUCUUUAACACAGAAAUUUAUUUUGAAAUCAUUUUCUGUCACUCAUUUAAAAAUAUAUUGUAGACUUUGAUAAUCUUUAACCUGUUUAUUGAAAUAGUCCUUUGUCUUAACUAUUCACCAAUAAA